AUCACCAUCUCUAGUUAGAUAUAAAGACUUGUGCUAAGAAAAGCUUAGAAAUGUGCUGUUUUAUAUUAACAGGAAACACAACAGCAGUAGUAAUUUGAAUACCCUGCAAACAGGAAGUUUGACACAUGCAUAGCUUUCAGCUUCAGUGUAAGAAGUUGUUGAGCUCCUUCUGGAAAUAUUUUUAGUUGCUUUAAGUAAAGCGUAAAUGCACGUGAAUGGCAGCUUAUAGAGAACUACCUUGUAACCAGCAUACAGGUACAACUACUGCUCUUCAGAAAUUGGAAGGUUUUGCUAGCCGAUUAUUUCAUAGACACUCUAAAGGUGCUGCACAUGAUCAGAAAACAGCUUUGGAAAAUGACAGCCUUCAUUUCUCUGAACAUACUGCCUUAUGGGACAGAUCAAUGAAAGAGUUUCUAGCCAAAGCAAAAGAAGAUUUUUUAAAAAAGUGGGAAAAUCCUGCUCCGAAUAAUGCCGGGCUCGAGGAUUUUGAAAGGAAAAAAACCCUUGGGACAGGUUCAUUUGGAAGAGUUAUGUUGGUGAAACAUAAAGCCACUGAACAGUAUUAUGCCAUGAAGAUCUUAGAUAAGCAGAAGGUUGUUAAACUGAAGCAAAUAGAGCAUACUUUGAAUGAGAAAAGAAUAUUGCAGGCAGUGAAUUUUCCUUUUCUUGUUCGACUGGAGUAUUCUUUCAAGGAUAAUUCUAAUUUAUAUAUGGUUAUGGAAUAUGUCCCUGGGGGUGAAAUGUUUUCACAUCUCAGAAGAAUUGGAAGGUUCAGUGAACCCCAUGCACGGUUCUAUGCAGCUCAGAUAGUGCUAACAUUCGAGUACCUCCAUUCGCUAGACCUCAUCUACAGAGAUCUAAAACCUGAAAAUCUCUUAAUUGACAAUCAAGGUUAUAUCCAGGUCACAGACUUUGGGUUUGCCAAAAGAGUUAAAGGCAGAACUUGGACAUUAUGUGGUACUCCAGAAUAUUUGGCCCCGGAAAUAAUCCUCAGCAAGGGCUACAAUAAGGCAGUGGAUUGGUGGGCAUUAGGCGUGUUAAUCUAUGAAAUGGCAGCUGGCUACCCCCCAUUCUUUGCAGACCAACCAAUUCAGAUUUAUGAAAAGAUUGUUUCUGGAAAGGUCCGAUUCCCAUCCCACUUCAGUUCAGAUCUCAAGGACCUUCUGAGGAAUCUGCUCCAGGUGGACCUCACGAAGCGGUUUGGAAAUCUAAAGAAUGGUGUGAGUGAUAUAAAAACUCACAAGUGGUUCGCCACAACAGAUUGGAUUGCUAUUUACCAGAGGAAGGUUGAAGCUCCAUUCAUACCAAAGUUCCGAGGCUCUGGAGAUACCAGCAACUUUGAUGACUAUGAAGAAGAAGAUAUCCGUGUCUCUAUAACAGAAAAAUGUGCAAAAGAGUUUGGUGAAUUUUAAAAAGGAGCAACAAGAUGACAUGAGAGCUCACACUCAAUGUUUGCACUCUGCUGAGAGCUAAGGUGCAGCUGAGACCGUCCUGUGUUGAAGCAGUUACCUAGUUCCUUCAUUUGAACGCCUGCGUGAGAUCUUUGUUGCCAUCAACAGUGUGUGCGCUCUGCGUCCACCUAUGUAACAAGGCACCGCUAAGCAAGCAUUUGUCUGUGUCAUAACAGUGCUAGACCACUCUCCUACUUCUCUUUGGUUUGUCUUUCUCCACUCCUCUUACAUCCAUUUCUUCCCUUUUCAUUAAUUCUUCCCAAACAGUGCUCUGUUUUAUUUUGUUUGUGUUUCUGACGAGCAGUGUUAUGGCUACGUGAUAUUUGAAGGGACUGAUGUGUUGCUUUUAGUAGUACUUGCCAGUAUUUUUGCUGAUCAGUGGCUUGAGGCUGUUGUUUCUUAUAAUUAUUUUUACUUUCAGUAGUUCAGACUCACUUUUGCCAAAACUUCUGAGUUUUUGAGGAUAGAAA